AUGGAUAUAGUCAGGAGUAGAGUCGGUUUCUCAAAUGGUUUUUAUGUGGAUUGUAUGAAUAGGAGAGGAGGCUUAGCUCUAUUGUGGAAAGCGGAGGUGGAUUUGUCCAUCAAAAGCUUCUCUGAAGGUCAUAUUGAUUCGGUUGUAAAACAAGAGGAAGGAGGACUUAUUUGGAGGUUUACGGGGUUUUAUGAGGAGAAAAGUGGAGGGAGGGAUAGAAUCCAGUCCCACAUAGAUACAUUUCGUCGAGCUCUUGAGGAAGCAAACCUACAUGAUCUGGGCUUCACCGGCUCUAGAUUUACCUGGUCACGAGGAAAGGAUCCUAGCAGGCGAAUUUUGGAAAGAUUGGAUAGGGCAGUGGCUACACCGGACUGGUGCUCACUCUUCUCAACUUCAUCUGUAAGUCAUCUUCCUGCCUCCUGGUCUGAUCAUGUCCCAAUCAAGGUUAGUGUUUGUAGUGUGCCAUGUGUGCCUAGGAUCCAGAAAAGGAAGAAGCAAUCCCCAAAAUUUGAACAAAUGUGGCUUAAUGAUGAAGAAUGUGAGAACAUUUUAAAGGUGAAUUGGUCCGGAACGUUCAAUGACAACCCUAUUGAAAAUGUGGCACACUGUGCACAAAAAACUCUUUUUUCUCUUAAUGCUUGGGGAAGACGAAAAUUUGGGAGUUUGCGAACCCAGAUUAAACGGCUAAAGUCAAAAUUGGAGUCUGUGCAGUAUAAUCCUCAUUCCAUGAUCUCAGAGGAAUUGAGCCUAAGAAAUGAACUUGAUUGGUUGAUAGAACAAGAGGAACUCUACUGGAAACAAAGAUCGAGAGUUAGCUGGCUAAAAGAGGGAGACCGUAACACAUCUUAUUUUCACAGCAAAGCGAAUCAAAGAAAGAUGAAGAAUACUAUCCAAUCAUUGCAAAUUGAAAGUGGGGACUGGAUCAAUUCAGAGGAGCAAAUUGAGGAGCAUAUUGUGGACUACAACAAAGAUCUGUUUAAGUCAGAGGGUUCACGGCUCCCGUUUAGUACAGAUAUUGUGGAGCGAAGGAUCCAUGCUGAUCUAUGGGAGGAGCUGAUGCAGGAUUUUAUAGAAGCAGGGAUCUAUGAUGCUUUGCAUAAGAUGCAUCCUUGGAAAGCACCUGGUCCGGAUGGUCUACAUGCUGGUUUUUAUCAAAGAUUCUGGGGGAUAGUUGGUUCUAAUGUAAAGAAGAUGGCCUUAUCUUUCCUUAAUGGGAGCACAAAGUUAGUUGAAAUGUUUCAUUGGCUGGACCAUCGAAAGGAGCAUGAAGAUAAGUAUCUAGCCUUGAAGUUUGAUAUGAGUAAAGCAUAUGACAGAGUAGAGUGGGAUUUUUUGGAGUAUAUGCUUAAUACUGUGGGGUUCCCGCAGAAAUGGAGCAGACUGGUGAUGAAAUGUGUGAGGAAAAUGGAAAGACAGGGCCUUUGGAAUGGAAUAAGAUUGAGUAACGAAGGCCCUUUGAUUUCCCAUCUUUUAUUUGCUGAUGACAGCUUGUUCUUUGCCAAAGCUGAUAACCAAGGUAUUCAGGCAAUUAUGGAAGCUCUCAACAUUUAUGAACGGGCAUCGGGGCAAAGGGUGAACCUUGGUAAAUCGCGGCUCUAUUGUGGCAAGAACAUAUUAGAAGAAAUGCAGAAGAAGCUGCGUGAUAAGUUAGGGGUACAACUUGAUGAUAGGAAAGCCCAGCCAGUUAUCUCACUUUCUCCAGCUCCCAGUUUCACCAGCCACUCUUCUAGCCGACUUGCAGAAAUCGCUGCUCGAGUCGUUGAAGAAUUCCGCGCCAAAAACCAUGAUUAUGGCGGCGAUGGCGAAGAUUAUGGUGGUGCUGAUUCAUUUCUUACAGAUUAUGAGGAAAGACAAGAAUUUGAGUUUGCUGUUGUUGGCCGGGAUUUCAUUUCGUCCCCUACUCCGGCGGAUGAAAUUUUCUAUAACAGACAAAUCCGGCCUUGUUUUCUGCUUUUUAAUCAGGAUUUGUUGUUAGACGGCAUUGAGGACGAGAAAGAGGAGGUGGGUUUUACUCAUCAGAAGCCUCCUAAGGAAGUUCUGCGGCCUCCGGCAACGGCGGCAAGGAAGUUGCUGUUGAGGAAGCUUUUUAUAGAAGACAGAGAUCCUCCGUCGUCAUGUUCAUCCUCGGAAGCUGACGAGCUCGAUGGAGUUCAGCCUGAUAGUUACUGCGUGUGGAACCCAAAAAUGGCGACAGCAGCGGAGGAAGGGAGGUGCAAGAAAAGUAGUUCCACCGGUUUGUGCUCGUCUAAGUGGUGGAGGCUUCGGAACCUUCUUCAUCGGAGCAAUAGCGAUGGGAAGGACAGCUUCGUCUUUUUAUCUCACUCAGAAAGUAGAAACGCCAGGAAAAGAGAGGGAAAUAUCGAGAAAAUUGAAAAGUUGUCAGGGGGUUGCACCGGAAAUUCCGAAGUCGGCUGCAGGAAAAGUUGCACAGGAAAUUCCUAAGGCAGCGGGGGGGAAAGUUGCGCAGGCAACUGCGGUGUAUGUGAAGAACGACGGGAAAAAGAUGAAUAGUUCAUAUCCAAAACAGCAACAGAAGGUAGUCUUGAUGAGAUUCAGAUUGAAUUUGGGAAUGACUAAUUAUGUUGGAGUUGGAGGAGAUUCACAUUGUCUACGGCUACAGGCUGUCCAAACGGAGUUGCAUGUCCUAAGCCUUGUAGCUUGUUAACAAUGACCCCAAAUAUGUCAGACCCUCCGGAAUUGUUCAUACCAAGCAUGUUCUUUGAAUUUCUGCUUUCUUUUUUUUCUGUUGUAAAAUUUUGUUGAUUUU